AUGUCAAUUGCAGAUUUUGCCGAGAAAAUUUAUGUCGAACUCGACAAGAUGGGAUUACAUUCAUCAAGCAUUCGAGUAGACAUAUCUGAAAUUAUUGAUUUUGCUUUUAGAAUGCAAUAUGAGAAGGAAGAUAUUGAAAGAAAGCUCUAAACAGAAAUUGAUAGACUUCUAAUUCAAUUAUCAUAAAAAUAAAAAUGUUUGUUACAUUAAACAAAAUAGGUGAUCUUUGAUUUUGAGAAGAUAGAACUCCUCCUUUAUGAAAAAAAUGAAUACAAAAUGUUGCAUGAUUGUAUUGAUUUCAUAAAAGCAUGCAAAUUGAACAUUUAAAAACGUAAUAUCCAGAAUUGGGAUUCAGAAUAAAUUUCAGAUGAUGCAUUUUUAUGUUCAAAUUCGUUAAACAUGCAAAAAACUAUUUAAUUUGCUUAAGAGAAUAAAAAAUUACAGGAAAUCAUUUAAAAUAUCAAUAAAAGCUCAAUUUCAUUAAGUUAAAAAGAACAAUUAGUUUACAACAUUAUUAAAUCAUAAACAAAAACUUUAUCUCCUAAAUAACAUGUGAUUCUAGAUGAUGUACUAAAUAUUAGUUAUUAACCUAAUAAUAAAAAAGGAAAUCUAAGCAUCUUAUCCAGCAUUCAAUUUCCAGAUCAAAUAAACACAAAAUUAAACAAAUUAGGAGACAAGAUCUUACUUCUCACAAAUGAAGGAUUUAAAGAUUGUGCUUCGCCAAAGUUUUAAUUCUCUUCCCUUAGUCCUAUCAAACCACUCUAAGAAAUUAAAGAUAAAUCUAUAAAAUCACAUAGAUCUUCAUUAAUUUUAGGUUCAUUCCAAAACACAGAAAAUAAAUCAUAACAACAAUUUAUAAUUCCAAGAAUUUAGGUUGAAAAGCUCGAAGAUUUGAAAGAAAAGGAUGAUACAGAUUACAAAGAGAUUAAUAAAAAAUAUGGAAGCUUCAAUUCUUAAGAUAAGAAUAAUAAAUCAAACAAUAUGCACACUAAUAAGAAAAAAAACCCUAAAUAAUUAUCGUUAUUCGAAAAACAGUCCUUCUAUGAUCGAAGUACCUUCAUAAACAUAGGUUCAAAUAUUCCAAGGAGUAAAGAAACUAAAGACACCGACAAUAGAAGAAGCGAUUCCUAAAAAUCUAGAGAAAGAAAUCAAACGUUUCAUUGUGGAUAGCCUUAAUAAAGUAAAUUUCUUAAAGAAUUAAUGCAAAAAGUUUAUUCUAGAAAUAAUCCAAUCAAAAAACCCUACAAAAUAAGUGAAUUUGAAAAAAAAUAGUUGAGUCUUUUAAUUGGAAAGGCUAAAAAAUAAUAAUCGUUACAUAAUUGA